GUGUCAAAUGCUGUCUCAGCCCUGGUUAACGACCUUUCGUUCGAUCCCGAUUAUCUUCGUCGAUUUGUCCUCGUGACUUUCAACAAUAAUAGAAUGUCAACGAAUACCUAUACUGAUUCCGAAAAGCUACUGAUUGCACUGACCGCGGCUGCAAAAACCACUGAUUCAAAUGGAACCUGUGUAGACAUCGAUUUUAUUGCUCUCAGUGCCGCUUUGACGCAGUAUCUCACAUACAAGUCGCCGGUAUACGUGAUCACGGACGCCUUACCCAGUGAUGGCACCGAAGUCGAUAAUGUCUAUCACCUGGUCAACGAUUGGAGAUCUCCGGUAUAUUUCCUCUACGUGGAGCCGUUACCGGAAUCCGGAUGUGCGACAAGCAUCGAAGACCCUGCCUACCGUCUUAUGGAUACCGUUGCCCAACGAUCAGCAGGACAAACCUUCUAUUUUACAAGUCAUGCAACAAUCGGAACUUUCUUGACCACGCACAUGUUGAAUACCUUGUAUAGAACGCAGAUGCUGCUUUCCAACGAUUUACCGGUCUGUUCCAAUCAGCUCGUUUAUAAGUCGGUCUCGGUUGAUUCGUCGAUUCAAAUGCUCGUCAUUGUUGCUACUGGACGUGAGUAUUACUUACUAGAAUCAUAA